UAUAUAGGUAGAUAGUAAUGUAGUUUAUUAGUUUACUAUUUGGCAUAUUAUUUUCUAUUUCUAGUUUGCUAGUGUUAUAAAAUCGCUGUGGCUAGAGACCUGGACAAAAUUACUGUUUACCCURCCUAAACUACAUCAUAUUUCGAUAUUAUAUUGGUAUUGUUAGAUUUAAGCAAAUCGACUGUCCUUAGCGACUUUUGUGAAUUGCGAUGUUAAUGCGUACAACGACGUAGUAUCGCGAAAAGAAUUUUCGUUGUCCAGUCUUCAAUCGGACACAAAUCAUGUCAUUUCAGGAUCCAACAUUCGUCGGCGACACUCAAGAGUUUCAGAACAAACGUACAAACCUGUUCGCCGUGCUUGAUCAAGCAGAGAAGGAUUUGGAAUCAAAAAUUAAAAAAGCUUCAACAGCUGAUGCACAUGAAAUACUCAAUGGUCGUGUAGAACGUAGGAAUGGUCGUUCAYUGACCAGACARUUCCGAGGCAAAGACAGUCUAUUUGUCAAGCCGGAAAUACCGCCGUGGCGUAUAAUCGAAAAACACAGACCACCAGAUUUCAAAUUACAUCCCCACAAAUGGACUAAAUAUUCAUUGGCUGAUGUGAAYGAAAUGAACGACAAGAGCAAUGCAGCUGCUGCAUUUGCAUUUCUUAAAGAAAUGCAAACUAGAAAAUCUAAAGAUGAUGAAAAUGAUAAUGAAGAAGGAAAGAAAAUAGUGUUCAAGCGAACCCUGAAGUCUAAUGAACCAGAAUUGAAACCUAGUUUUAAGAGCACUAAACUGGUUAUGCCAGAAUACGAAUUUGGAAAAAAAAUACAGAAGAAAAAAACUAGACCAGAACGUACAACAGAUGGAACUACUUCCAAUAAAGAAAUUAAACUUGGGCAUUUGAUGGAAGAUGAAAUUGAUGAAUGAUUCAUAUUUUGUGUAAACUGUAAAUACUAGUUGUAUAGUUAAUUUUAUGUUUGCAAUCUUACAAAAAUUAUUUUAAACUUAA